ACAAGCAUGUUUUCCUUAUCAUUUGACAGAAGUCAGUGUUAAAUCACACACGCACCAUUCGGGGCCGUAAAAAUUGAAGUUAUUCUAAGUUUAAAUAGAAAAAUUACGAACAAAAUCAGAAAAAAUGACCGAUUACAGUUCAACACCAUCAAGCAGCAGUGGCAGUGAUGCUGAAUUACAGGAAUUUUUAUUGAUGGAAAAACAAAAGGCACAAGUUAAUGCACAAGUUCAUGAAUUCACCGAAAUAUGCUGGGAACGAUGCAUCGAUACACCAGAAAGUAAACUAAGCAGUAAAUCGGAAACAUGCCUGUCCAAUUGUGUGGACCGUUUUAUUGACACAUCUCUGCUGAUCACCAAUCGAUUUGCACAACUUCUGCAGAAACAUCAAGAAUAAUACAAUUAAAACAAAUCCAUUCGGACUAAGAUUGGGCAUUGAUAAACUUGUGUUCAUUCAGAAAACAUUUAACAAACAAUUAGAAUUUAUGUUAACAAAAUGUAAAGUACUUCAAAUAAACAGAAGAAAAUGACAAACA